AUGGCAGUCUACGCAGAGAAGCCAGCGGCGCAGGAAGCAAUCGAGGCAGUCGUUGCCUUGCAGCCAUUCCCGGUCAUCUUGCCUGGCACCGAGGAGUUUCUGAAAGUGCAAGAGAGCUAUUGGAAUGCACAGCAACGGUCUGCCGCACCUUCAGCCUUCUUCCAACCACAUACCCCGGAGCACGUAUCUGGGAUCGUCCAGGAGAUUGUGCGCGCCCGCCUUGCGUUCGCAAUUAAAGGAGGUGGCCAUUCUUCCAACCUGGGAGGCUCAAGCACUAACGAUGGCGUUACGAUUGACUUGAGUCGUCUGGAUCACAUAGUGAUCGCCAAGGAUAAGAAGACUGUGCGACUCGGACCGGGAGUGCGCUGGGGCGUGCUUUUCAGGAUUCUUGACGAACAAAAACUUGCGGCUGCGGGAGGUCGAGAUGCGUCAGUUGGCGUGCCAGGGUUCCUUUUUGGAGGUGGUCUCUCUGCUUGGGGUGCCAAGCAUGGGUGGGGAAGCGACAGCAUCAUCUCCGCCGACGUCGUCGUCCUUGCUGACGGCACUCUGGUCACCGCCGACCAACAAAUCCAUCCCGACCUCCUGAGAGCCCUGAAAGGAGGCGGCGCCCAUAACUUCGGCAUCGUGACGAGCGUCACGAUCAAACUGCACCCAUGCGAUGGCAUGUGGGGAGGAAUGCAAAUUGUUUCAGACAAGUCGUUCCCCGACCUUUUUGAAGCAAUUGACUGCUACGCAAAAAGCUUGGCACAGGACGGCAUGGCAAACCUGAUCGUCGAUGUCGUUCACCACAAUGAUCCGGCUCGCUUCAAGGAUACAGAGCUGAUUGCCUUGGUGCAAAUGGCAUACUGCGAGCCGACACCAGAGCCGGCUGUCUUCCAAGCACUUCGAGAACUUCCAAGCACUCACAAUUCGGGUCGACUGGCGUCGUCGUUUGACUUCGAAACAGAGAUGGCAGAGAUGACCUACGUGACAGCGAAACGAAACAUUUACUGGACUAUCUGCAUGCAAUACAAUAAGGAUCUCCUCAAGGCGGCGUUUGAAAUCUGGCAGAAGAGCACUGCGGGUCCUCCGGCCAGCGCUGCUCCGGCUUUUGACAUCCAGUUCUUAGCCCCAGCGCUCCGGAACAAAAGCGCUCGCGAGGGACUCGGGGAGCUCUUCGGUAUUCAAGGGCCAGACGAGCCCCUCGUGAACCUCAAUGUGGCCGCGACUUGGACGGAUGAGAAAGACGAUAAAGCAGUAACCUCACUCACCCGAAAUAUUGUCGCUGACAUCGAAGAAUUAGCUCGUACUCGUGGAUUUUAUUCACCUUUCAAUUACAUGAAUUACGCGCACCGCGAACAAGAUGUAAUCGGCAGCUACGGGCCUGAGAAGCAGGCCUUUUUGCGUAGACUCUCUGCGAAAUAUGAUCCUCAGGGAGUGUUCCAGAAAUAG